AUGUCGUCCCGCGGGCCCCGGGCUCCGCGCCGCGCUCCAGGCUGCGUCUCCUCACGCGCCACUCACGGGACGUCCCACAGCAGAGAGGAGCGUUCUGCUGCGACCAUGGACCUGAGAGCGCCUCUGCUGCUGCUCCUGUCCUCAGGCAUCGUCCAUAUGUCAGACUUGAACUACAACUUGACCUGCUUCAAUGACUAUGUGUCCACGCUUCACUGCACCCUGGAAGGUAGACAGCUGACAAACACCAACGAUACAUUUCUCAAGUUAAGAGAAGCGGACGAGGAAAGUGUGGAUAUCCUGUGUCCGCUGUCGUUGCAGAUGGACCGUCUCUUCUGCUCGGCUGAUGUUCCAAUAGGUUUUUUGGACACCGACGAAUACGCCAUCUCUCUUUGUCACCACGAUGUGGAGACCUGUGAGCUGCUGAUGGAUGACUAUUAUCCAGCUGAUAUGAUUAAACCCAAGACACCAGGCAACCUCGCAGUGAGCUUCAACUCCAGCCUGUGCAUCUUCUCUUGGAAAAGCAACUACGAAAACUACAGAAGCCGGAAUCUUUACAAUGAACUGCGAUUUGAGCUGCUUUUCCACGAAAGAGGACAAGGAUUCAAUGAGACGUCACAUCUCAUUAUCGACCAGAAAACUACCGCUACUGUUCGAGAUGUUUGCAGCCCCGGCUCUGAGUGCGUGGCCAAGAUAAGGUCCUGUCCCAACUCCCAGACGUACAGAGGAGUGUGGAGUGACUGGUCCACAGAGAUCUACUGGAAGAAACCACUGCUUGUAAAAGAAGUACCUCUCGUCUUUUAUCUGGAGAAAGUGAUCAUCCCUGUCUGUGUGUUGGUGCCAUGUUUGUUUGUUCUAUGCUUUAUUCCCCUUAAAAAAUGGAGACGCACCAUCUUUAUACCAACACCAGCGCCGUAUUUCUACACUCUGUACAACGACUUCCAAGGAGACUUUAAGAGCUGGGUGGUGAUGGAGAAAAAUCUGGAGCUACCAAAGACAGAACCAACUCUUCACAUCGACAACAUGAUUGAGUGCGAGGAUGUGUGUGCGGCUGCUCCCUGCGAUCACAGCGGGGUGUACGCCAACAUGAGCCAGACUGAACCAGACCAGACCCUGGGGCUGGACUCUGCUACUGCCAGCUGCACCAGUGCUGAGCACUGCUGCCUCAGCCCACAGUCCAGGAGCCCUGCAGAGGACUCUGGCUGCUGGCUCAGCAGUGACCAGACUCUGGGAACCGGCCCCUCCUGGUACUGCAACAACUACUGCACCCUCAGCACCUUCCAGCAGACGGCUCUCGCUACAAGUGAGCCGCUCAAGUGUGCGACCGGAGGGGAACUUCAUGUCAUGGAAGAAAUUGAGCUCUAG